CAGAACCUCAGGCUAAAAAACCAAGUGAGGACCUGGCAGCUGUGCAGGGCAGUGGAGAGGGAAGAGCAUCAUCUCCAACAAGCAGUACUAAUCAAGCUUCAUCUCCAGCUUCUGUGUCAUCUAGUCCUUGCCUGAGGGCAGUGGCCUCCUGCAGAAGUCCUUUCACAGUCUUCCUCAGUUUGCUAGCAGAUAACCAUGUCUACUUUUGAUCUGACAAACCAGAGCACACAGUGUGCAAAGCCCGAGAUGGACUGUGUCUUCCCACGGAUGAAACUGAGGGAUGAGACAUUCACAUUCAUUGAUGGUAAAUGGGUGAAUGAGGUGCACUGCCAGCCAACAUUUGCACCCCAGAGGAGACUCCUUAGCAGGAAGUCAGAGAACGAAUGGAGCAUCUGGGAGGAGAACAGAGCCCUCUGGGAGGAAAACCAAGUCCUCCGGAUUGAAAACAGGAUGCUCUGGGAAGAAAACAAGGCUUUGCAAUAUCUGCAGUCACAGAACAAAGGUGUCCAGCUUGUUUACAGUGACACCAUCCAGCAAAGCCUCCAGAAGGAUCAUAAGCUGUCCCCCUUCUUCCCAGACAGGCAUUUAGGUUUUCAGGUCAGUCCAGUCAAGAAGGGUCUCCAGCUGGUCAGGGAAAGGAACAGUGUCUUAGAGUUUUUCCAUAAGCAGAAUAGAACAGUUCCCAGAAUUUGGAAAGAUCAACAGGCCAUCACAGUCCAUGAAGAGAACAAAGGUGACAGCACAGUUCAGAAGGCCACUGAAUGUACCACCGCUGUGGGAGAAGGUAGCCUUGGCCAAACCUCCCAGGAGGAGCAUGAUGCCAAAGAGGAGAGCACCACGCCAACCCAGAAUGACACCAAGACUGCCCCAAGCACAGAGGAUGAUAAUGAAAUCCUUCAGGCUCUCAAGGAUUUAUACCAGAUUCUGCAGGUCUUUCUGAAGGAGAAAUGUCUUCCUGAUGACAGAGAGAGCCUUCACACUCUCCAGGAUGAGGGGAAAUUCUUCCAAGAAGAGUACAAGAAAUUGAAGCUGCAGCUGAAUAAUGUGAAAAACACUGUGUCAGACAUUACGACUCAAAUGGAAAUGCUGGAGAAAGAACUCAUUGCCAUCACUUUCCCAAUAUAUGAAGAAGCAGGGAAGAACACUGCAAAUGAGUAUCAACUCGGAGAGAUGUGAAACCCGGUGCUAAACCUGCUAGUUCCGUUUCCUGGAAAGUGCCUCUCCCUGUUUCAAGGAACUUAAUAAAAUCCAA